UUAGACGCGUGUCCACCGUCUCUCCGGCGGGAGCCCAGCAGCGCGACACCUCCGCUGGACCCGGGCGGUGAGUGCGGGCUCCGUCCCGCCCGUCGGCCGCAGGAGCCGCGUCGCUCGCAUCCACGGAGGUCAUCGCGUCCCCGCGUAGCACGGCUCCAUUGCCGCAGUAACACGGGCCGGCUGUUGGGUUUACGGCAGCCAUCGACCCGACCAGUGACGCGACGCCGCUUCCUACUAAACGAAGAGACACGUUUCAUGUCCAACCCCGAGCUGCAGGUCCGGAUGGAUAAAACUGUACGUAAAGUUCGGAACCAGGACAGCAACCCGUGCAUUGAGGAAAGUGACGCCUCCCAGAAGUGUUUGAGUGCCUACAACUACGACUCCAGCAUGUGCUCCGCUUACUUCCACAGAUACAAGAACUGUCGGAAAUACUGGCACAGCGUGAUGCUCCAGAGGAGAAGAGACGGCGUGAGGCCUGACAUGCCCACUGCUGCAGACAGACAAGAGAUGCUCGCCGCCAUGGGAGGCAAACCCUACUGAGAGGCCACUUCCUGUGCUCACACCACUGCAGCGCUUCGGCUGGUUCACCAUCCGCAGCUACUCUAUAAUAGCCGAUCUGUUAUUGUAUAUCGAGGCCUCUGAACGUUGGACGCACCACAUGAAAUAUGUUCAGCGCUUCUUGUUUGGAGGGAAAUGUCCUGUACAACUGAGCUUGUUUAUGUAGGUUUCCUCAUGAAUAUACGAAGCCCUUUGCAAGUGGACCCACACAAAGCACAGCUGCAUGUUCCCAACAUGGGCCUCUCCAUCGAUGACAUGGGAAGCAACCUGUCUGAUGGGCAUCUCUCAUCUGUCCAGCCUUAAUAAAAGAGGAGCGUUGUCUCACUAAUUGGA